UAGGAGGCUGGGCCUGCGGGAGGGGGUGGUGGUCCGUUAGUGGCGUCGGCCUCUGGCCGCGGUGGUCGCGGUUCGUCGUUUGCUCGCCCGGAGCUGCUCAGGCUGGAGGCCAGCUAGCUCUUGCCGCCGCCUCGGUCGCGAUGGGGGCGCAGGACCGGCCGCAGUGCCACUUCGACAUCGAGAUCAACCGGGAGCCGGUUGGUCGCAUUAUGUUUCAGCUCUUCUCAGACAUAUGUCCAAAAACAUGCAAAAACUUCCUUUGCCUAUGCUCAGGGGAGAAAGGCCUUGGGAAAACAACUGGGAAGAAGUUAUGUUAUAAAGGUUCUACAUUCCAUCGUGUGGUUAAAAACUUUAUGAUUCAGGGUGGGGACUUCAGUGAAGGUAAUGGAAAAGGUGGAGAAUCAAUUUAUGGUGGAUAUUUUAAAGAUGAAAACUUUAUUCUCAAACAUGACAGAGCGUUCCUUUUGUCAAUGGCAAAUCGAGGGAAACAUACCAAUGGUUCCCAGUUUUUCAUUACCACAAAACCUGCUCCACACCUGGAUGGGGUCCAUGUUGUCUUUGGACUAGUUAUUUCUGGUUUUGAAGUAAUUGAACAAAUUGAAAAUCUGAAAACUGAUGCUGCAAGCAGGCCUUAUGCAGAUGUGCGAGUUAUUGACUGUGGGGUGCUUGCCACGAAAUCAACAAAAGAUGUUUUUGAGAAAAAAAGGAAGAAACCAACUCAUUCAGAAGACUCGGAUUCAUCUUCCAAUUCCUCUUCCUCGUCUGAAUCAUCUUCAGAAAGUGAAAUUGAACACGAGAGAAGCAGAAGAAGGAAACAUAAGAGGAGGCCAAAAGUUAAACAUUCUAAAAAGAGACGAAAGGAAGCAAGCAGUUCAGAAGAGCCAAGGAAUAAACAUAUAAUGAGCCCAAAGGGUCACUCUGAGAGGAGUGAUACCAAUGAAAAACGGGCAGUCGAUUCAAAUGCUAAAAGGGAAAAGCCUGUGGUUCGCCCAGAAGAGAUUCCUCCUGUGCCUGAGAACCGAUUUUUACUGAGAAGAGAUAUGCCUCUUGUCACGGUGGAACCUGAACCGAAGAUUCCUGAUGUUACACCCAUCGUAAGUGAUCAGAAACCAUCUGUAUCGAAGUCUGGACGGAAGAUUAAAGGAAGGGGCACAAUUCGCUAUCACACACCUCCAAGAUCCAGACCCUGUUCUGAGUCGGAUGACGAUGACAGCAGUGAAACUCCUCCUCACUGGAAAGAGGAAAUGCAGAGGUUGAGAGCAUAUAGACCACCCAGUGGGGAAAAAUGGAGCAAAGGAGAUAAGUUAAGUGACCCCUGUUCAAGCCGAUGGGAUGAAAGAAGCUUGUCCCAGAGAUCCAGAUCAUGGUCCUAUAAUGGAUAUUAUUCAGAUCUUAGUACAGCAAGACACUCUGAUGGUCACCGUAAAAAACGCAGAAAAGAGAAAAAGGUUAAGCAUAAAAAGAAAGCUAAAAAGCAGAAACAUUGCAGAAGACACAAACAGACUAAGAAGAGAAGGAUUAUUGUACCAUCUGACAUAGAAUUCUCAAAAUCUUCCACCCGACGAAUGAAAUCUUCUUGUGAUAGAGAAAGGAGAUCUCGUUCUUCCUCGGUAUCAUCUCAUCAUUCAUCAAAGAGGGACUGGUCUAAAUCUGAUAAGGAUGAACAGAGCUCUUCAACCCAUUCCAGCAGAGACUCAUACAGAUCAAAAUCUCACUCACAGUCUUACUCUAGAGGAAGCUCAAGAUCAAGAACUCCAUCAAAAUCCUCAUCACAUUCUCGAAGUAGAUCAAAGUCCAGAUCUAGUUCCAAGUUGGGGCACCAAAGGACAGCAUCAAAAUCACCAAGAAAAACUGCCUCUCAGUUAAGUGAAAAUAAACCAGUUAAAACAGAACCUUUAAGAGCAACAGUGCCACAAAAUGAAAACAUUGUAGUACAACCAGUGGUAGCAGAAAAUAUUCCUGUAAUACCACUGAGUGACAGUCCCCCUCCUUCAAGGUGGAAGCCCGGACAGAAGCCCUGGAAGCCCUCUUAUGAGCGAAUUCAGGAAAUGAAAGCUAAAACAACUCAUUUGCUGCCCAUCCAAAGCACUUAUAGUUUAGCAAAUAUUAAAGAGACUGAUAGUUCAUCAUCCUACCAUAAAAGAGAAAAAAAUUCAGAAAGUGAUCGGAGUGCUUAUUCAAAAUACAGUGAUAGAAGUUCAGAAAGUUCACCAAGGUCAAGGAGCAGAUCUUCUAGGAGUAGGUCUUAUUCUAGAUCAUACACAAGGUCACGAAGUCUAGCUAGUUCACAUUCAAGGUCCAGGUCUCCCUCAUCCAGAUCUCAUUCACGAAAUAAAUAUAGCGAUCAUUCACAGUGUAGUAGAUCAUCUUCAUACUCUUCUCUUAGCAGUGAUGAUGCAAGACGAGCCAAGAGAAAAUUUAGAUCCAAUGGGAAAAACAAUAACGCUUCAAAUAAAAGAUACAGCAGCAGCUCUGAAAAGACACUUCGCAAUAAAUAUGUCAAAGGCAGAAGCAAGUCUUCAUGUCAGAGAAAGUAUAGCGAAAGCAGAUCAUCUUUAGAUUAUUCUUCAGACAGUGAACAGUCAAGUGUUCAGGUUACACAGUCAGCCCAGGAAAAAGAGAAGCAAGUCCAAAUGGAAAUGAAUAAUAAACAAGAGAAAAACAGAGAUGAAGAGAAAUCCAAGCCUGAAUGGGAAUGCCCUCGUUCAAAAAAAAGAACUUUGAAAGAAAAUCUUUCUGAACACUUUAGAAAUGGCAGUAAGCCCAAAAGGAAGAAUUAUGCUGGGAGUAAAUGGGACUCGGAGUCAAAUUCUGAACGAGAUGUAACUAAAAGCAGUAAAAAUAAUUCCCGGCCAUCUUCUGAUAAGGAGGAAGGUGAGGCCACAUCAGAUUCUGAAUCUGAGUGUGGUGAAAUUCACAUCAAAGCCAAACCCACAGCAAAAUCUUCAGUGAAUACUUCACUGCCUGAUGGUCAUGGGGCUUGGAAAUCAAGCAAACAGCGGUCAUCAACCUCUGAUUCUGAGGGGUCCUAUUCCAAUUCAGAGAACACUAGAGGAAAGCCACGGAAGCACAAACAUGGGUCAAAGGAAAAUCUUAAAAGGGAACACACUAAAAAAGUGAAAGAGAAAUUGAAAGGGAAAAAAGACAAAAAGCACAAGGCUCCAAAACGAAAACAGGCAUUUCACUGGCAGCCUCCACUCGAAUUUGGUGAAGAUGAGGAGGAGGAAAUUAAUGAAAAGCAAGUUACUCAGGAGGCAAAAGAGAAAAAACAAGUUUCUGAAAACAGUGAAACCAUAAAAGAAAAUAUUCCCAAAACGGAGAAGUCUUGUGAAGAUGGCAACCUUUCGGGUAAACGUAAUACAGUAACACUUCCAUCAGAUAUUGAUCAGCCUACUAAAGAUGACAGUAAACUCGGCAUUUCUCCCACAGCUUUAAAUACUGAGGAAAAUGUACCCAGUUCUCCCCAAAACAUUCAGCAUAUUGAAGAAAGUGUCCCAAGCGGAGUGGAGGACGUGCUUCAAACAGAUGAUAACAUGGAGAUUUGCACACCUGAUAGGAGUUCCCCAGCAAAGGUAGAGGGGGCCUCCCCUCUGGGAAAUUCAAGGCUUGACACCCUGGAUAUAAACGUUCUAAAGCAGGAUAUAUCAACAGAGCAUCCUGAAGCAGAGGUGGUAAAACAGGAAAGCAGCAUGUCGGAAAGCAAAAUGAUGGGUGAAGUGGGGAAACAGGACAGCCCCUCUGCUAGCUUGGCCAGUGCUGUAGAAAGCACUGUUGUGAAGAGGGAGGUGGCUGAGAAGAGCCAGAUCAGCCUCAUGGAUAAUAAAUGGAAGCCCCUGCAAGGUGUGGGGAACCUGGCAGCACCGACUGCUGUCACAUCCAGUGCUGUGGAAGUUAAGGCAUUGAGUAGUGUGCCUGAAAUGAAACCACAAGGCUUGAGAAUAGAAAUUAAAAGCAAAAAUAAAGUUCGGCCUGGGUCUCUCUUUGAUGAAGUAAGAAAGACAGCACGCUUAAACCGGAGGCCACGAAAUCAGGAGAGUUCAAGUGACGAGCAGACACCUAGUCGAGAUGGUAAUAGCCAGUCCAGGAGUCAAAGUAGAUCUCGAAGUAAAUCUGAAACCAAAUCAAGACACAGAACAAGGUCUGUCUCCUACAGUCACUCAAGAAGUCGUUCACGAAGUUCCACGUCAUCUUAUCGAUCAAGAAGCUACUCUAGAAGUCGGAGCAGAGGAUGGUACAGCAGAGGCCACACCAGAAGCCGGAGCAGUUCCUACCGCAGUUACAAAAGUCAUAGGACGUCCAGCAGGAGCAGAUCCAGGAGCAGCUCGUAUGAUCCCCACAGUCGGUCCAGCAGGUCCUACACUUAUGAUAGCUACUAUAGCAGGAGUCGGAGUCGAAGUAGAAGCCAGAGGAGUGACAGUUACCACCGAGGCAGAAGUUACAACAGGCGGUCCAGGAGUUGUAGAUCUUAUGGCUCUGACAGUGAAAGUGACCGAAGUUACUCUCAUCACCGGAGUCCCAGUGAAAGCAGCAGAUAUAGUUGAAAAUGUCCCCUUUUUUGAUACCAAUUAUCUCUUACUUGUAAACAUCUGGUAACUUAAAAGUUUAAGAAACUUAAUGGCAGUCUGUUGUUCUAUUUCAAUAUUAGAGAUGAAUUUCAAAAAUAGACACUUCUUGUUAAUUUUCAUUUACAUGUGUGUAGAAUUUAAAAUACAGAUAUGUCUCCUAAAAAUAUUUUUAUGCCACAUUUUACAGUAGCCAACUACAGAAAUGAAUUUCAUUUUCUUGAAUCAAGAAAUCAUGAAAUAUAAGUAUAAUUUGCAAUAUUAUUUUAGAUAGACUAUUUCUCUCCAUCUCAUGUAUUCCUUAGAAUACAGAUUCUUUUCACCCAUUUUUCAGGUUUUAGCAUAUAUGCUGCCAAGUGUAGAACUGUGGAGAACUGUUAAAGGUGGCCAAAUAUUUAUAUACCAGUUACACAGAGUCUUAUACAUAUGUGCUCUUAAAAAGAAACCACCCAGAAUUGAUACUGAUGGUAGCCAGGAAUAGAGGCAGUGGCUCUGGGUUCUUAACUCAUUCCUUACUUCUGUGUUGUCUCAGAGGAUCAGGAAGGUGGUCAUCAGACAGCCCACUGUCUGUAUUACUGCAGUGGCGGGUAUGGUUAAGAAGAAUAAAUCAGCCUUAACUAUAAAUACUGGCACUGUCUCUAAGGACUUAAUGUUUUAUGUGCUUUUUAAUCAAUGCUAUCAGAAGUUUAGAUUGUAAAAAACAAUUCUACUCCAAUUCAUGCUUUGGUGCUUGGUACCUUUUGGUGCCUCUAAGCGUUAUUCUUAUAUAUUAUACAUUAGAAUCUCAUGAGAGAGAGAGAGAAGAUUGUUUUUUUUUAAUUCAUUGGCACCAAACAUGAUUCCUUCUGAGCUGUAUUCCUUUUGGAUAUUUGGGGGUGUGGGCUGGGGGUCCCCUGGAGCAAGCAGGAUUGGCAUAGAGGGUUGUAUGGCCACUCAGGUCUACUGCACAUAACUGAUGUCUGUGCCUCUGAAACAGUGGAUUGAUGAAUGGACUUCAGAAGUAACACCAAAGUCUAACUGCCAACAUCCUGGAGACAUUUCGCAGGACUUUACUUUUAAGUCUUUUAAGUAAGAGAUAUACCACAACAGCAGUUGAAGUGUUCUAAGCACCAGCAUGUUUUUCCUGUUUCCACUGUGACCUACACUGAGUCAAUGAAGCCUUGCAUGACAUGAGUAAACCCAAGACAACAGACAGGGGAAGAGAGGUGUACGGCACUACAUAAAUUACACAUUUUCACAGUUUUGGGUGGUUCCUCCAAAAAUGAUUUGACCUGUAAAAACUGAUGUGAUUAUUUUUUUAAUCUCUAGUUUGAGUUUUUUUUUUCCCCAAGUGUACUUAAUCACCUUAGUGCCAGUUUAAUCCAGUUGUGCAGAAGAAAUUCAUAUUGGAUGUUUGAUGUAGCACUCUGUGCCAUCCUACCCCAGGCCUUGCCUGGGGUACUUGGGAAGUGGACAGGAGCCCUCAUUUGGAGGGAUCUGACAGCCCUUGAUGGAUGGAGGGGUGACCUUGGAUGUAUUAAAACCCUUGCCCAUAAAAGGUUCAUAAACAGGGUUAAAUGGUCAGUUGUUUGCCAGAUUGAUAGACGAGAGUACAUGAGAAAACAGGAUGUAAGUCAAACAAACAUACUUGCUAGUGAAUAUGAAACAAUGUGUGAUUCAAAUGAAGGGUUUUCAAAAGUUGCCUGCAAAGGAGAAUAUUGCUUUAAGAGUACUCAGUGGAAAAAACUGCAUUCAGAACCCAAACAGAAAGUGCCAAAUCUAACUAGGUUAAGAAAAUUACCCUUGGGCAUUGUAUUAGUUUUCUAUUGCUGUUUAACAAAUUAGCCCAAACUUAGCACCUUAAAACAACACCCAUUUCUUAGCUCACAGUUCUGUAGCUCAGGAGUCCGGCACAGGAUGGCUGGAUUCUCUGCUCAGGGUCUCACAAGGCUAAAAUCAAGGGUCAGCAGGGCAGCAUUCCUUAAUGGAGACUCUGGGCAAGAUUCUGCUUCCUGGUUCAUUCAGGUUGUUGGCAGUAUUCAGUUCCUUGCUGGCUGUCAGCCGGGGACCUCUCCCUCAGCUCGUUAGGGCUCCCCACAUUCCUUCUGUGUGCUCCCUCCAUCUUUGAACCAGCAAUGGCGCAUGGAGUCCUCUUCCUCGUGCUUCAAAUCUCUCUGCCUUCUUCCUCUGUUUUAAGGUUCAUGUGAUUAGAUCAAGCCCGCUCAGAUGAUAGCCUGCCUAUUUGAAGGUCAACUGUGCCAUAGAACAUAACAUAACCACAGGAGUGGUAUCAUAGUCACAGGUUCCUGGGAUUGGGGCCUGGAGUGGGGGAGGGGCAUGUUAGAAUUCUGCCUACCACAGGCAAGAAGUGCCCAAUGCCGCUGUGGGUGGAAUUUUAUCCUAAAAUGGUGGGCCCUAGAAGCCUCCUUUCUUUUCUCCAUGGAAAAGAACAGCCCUCAGCUGCAGCAUUCAACUUGUGUGUUUACUGAAUGAACUACAGAAAUAACUUUUCUUCCGAAAGGGGAUUGUUCUGUAUUUUAAGUUAUUUUUUAAUAAAAUUGAAUUAUGUUGUGAAUUGUGCUUCUUAAUAGAAAAUGCAUUAUUGGACUGUUUUUGUAACGUCCUUUACUGCAAAUGAAACAAAUGAUAUAGCUGGUAUCGUUCAAAAACUGUAGAAAAUACUUUUGUAAAUAUUGACAAUGUGUAAUUUGUAUACACUUCAUUUAAAUUGCCCUAAAACUUGCAAAGGGGACCUUGUAGAAAUUAAAAUAUAUUCUUAGUCUAAGUCUGAGUCUGUGCAUGUUUCGUC